UGACUUGUGACAGCUCUGACCCUCUGACCCUCGUGGUCUAGUGGAGUGACCCAAAGGUCUGUGAGCGUGUAAUUUGUUGUCCAAAGAGAGAUGCUUCAGUGAGUGAAAGGGCACUUAUCAACAUUACACCAGGACAACAGGCAUAAACCCAGCAUGUGCCAGGCAAAGUGGGAUGAAUGGCCACCGUCACAGAGCAGGAAAUGAGCAGGGAUCGACUCCUCCUUGGCUGCUCUUUCCCCCUGUUUCCUCCUUAGGCUGAGAGAUGCGAGUCUAACCAAGGUGUGCAGAUUGUGCCAAGGACGAGGGCAAGGAGCGUGAGCCCAGACCAUGCAGGGCUGAGAGCUCAAAGUGGGGACUGUGUUUGGGGGAUGCAAAGGUCAAGGAAGAGUGGAUCGUGUCUGUGUGUGUGCAUGUGUGUGCACGUGUCUGUGUACUGAUGUGUGUGUUAAUUGUGUUAAGCUCUUAACAGAGCAUGUGAGGUGGAGGAAUCUCAGUAUUUUGGUGAGGCAGAGGAGAGAUAGUAGGUUGCAGUUUUAACUUGAAGUCAGAGGUGAGGGGGCAGGGGAACAAGGAUGCCACUUUGUCAGCAGAUGAGAGGGGUCUGAAGGGUAGAGACGUGGAUCUCAGGCUUGUGCUGAGGCCCAGGUUAAAGUUGUCUCUGUUUCCCCUCUAGAUCAGAGUGUUCUUGUCUAGAUGGUCAGCCAGUUCCACGUAAAGCCGGUGAGGUAGCAAGUGCAGGUUACCUCCAUUUUACAGCUGGAGACCCUGAGACUCAGAGGGUAAGAUGAUGUGUCCGUGUCGGUUAAUCAGAGAGUGGCAGAAGCAAGAUAUCUCUUACCUCCAAGGUCCAGCCGCUGCCCAUCACAGCUCUGCUGACCGUCAGAGAAAGGGGUGAUUGUUGUUAGAGGAUCGGGGCCCCUUCCUGGCAGACGUGGGGCCGCAACAUACGGGUUUCCCAACGGUCCCCUGUUUUCUCUUGCAAGGCCCCAAAGUAAGGAUCAUGAUGCUGGGAGAAGACAAAGCGGCCGUGUUUAUCCAGGCCUGGUGGCGGGGCACCCUGGUGCGCCGGACGCUGCUGCACGCGGCGCUCAGGGCGUGGAUUAUUCAGUGCUGGUGGAAACAGAAGCUGGCGAAACUGCUGGAGAAGAGGCGGCGGGCGUCCCUAGAACUGUAUGCGCGGCAAGAAUGGGCAGCUGUGCAACUGCAGUCCUGGGUCCGCAUGUGGUGCGUCCGCCUCCGUUACUGCCGUUUGCUCCACGCUGUCCGCAUCAUCCAGGUCUAUUGGCGCUGGCAUAGCUGCCACACCCGGGGCUUUAUUCAGGGCCAUUACAGCCUCAAAGAAAACCACCUGAAUCUUCAACUUGAAAUCUCUUUGGGCUCGCAAGCUUGUAGAGUUCAACAAAGCAUACCCCUUCCAAUAAAGGAAUGACCAGGUCUGCU